GCGGAAGCCCCGCGAGGAGAUGAAGGAGCAGAAAAUGAAGAGGCAUGGAGGAGAGGAGGGCGAGCGGGAAGGGCUGGGGCGUCGCCCACGACGCCGAGCUUGACGGCGGCCUUGCUGUGGCGCAGCCGGCGAGGACCUGUCGGAUCUGGCCGGAUCCGGUGGGAUACGGCGCGCAUGCGGCGGAUCUGAAAGGAAGGCGACCGGGGCGUGGAGUACGAUGGCUGACAUGCGCGGCAUGGCCGAAGCCGACGAGAGAAGAGAGAGAUGGAGAGAAAAGAGAGGACGGGAAGGAGACGAGACGCCAGAGGAGAGAGAAGGGGGUGGUGGUCACUUCAACGGGCUGCAGCGCGGCGCCGCCCCGGCCGCUGAGCCUGCCCGACCGCCCCGUCGCCAAGUCGCCACCCCACUGACUGCCCUGGGCUCGCCCUUUAAACCAAUUCAGAGCCAGCGAUUGUUGCCCACAUCGCCGAACCUGGCUCCCCUUCUCCACCCCAGCAAGCACGCGCGCUUGAAGGCGCCCAGGAGCUCGCCGGCAACACUCAGCAGACGCAGGAGAGCUGCGUGCCUGGUGCGUGUGAAUGUGUGGACGCGAGGCAUUGGAGGCCUCAGCAAGUUAACAAAUUAUAUUGCCCUGUACUACUUUUUAACAAAUUGGCUCCUACAAAGACUAAUGGAAGGAUCAUCAGACCAACGUAGUCAAAUUGUCUGCUUCAAAUUUUAGUGUACCUUGCAAUAUCAUUUUUCUCACAACUGAUGAAAUUCAGAGCAUCUAAGUCUUAAAUUUAUCUACUAAAAUAUUGAUGUGUAUCAUUCAUGUUGUCCGGUAAGUUGAGAUUCGCAUUGCUUAAUUAUGUGAUUACAGUUUUGGAGCUGAUCAGUAGCACGCUGACAUGCAUCAGGAAGCCGACGGACAGCCAUAGUAGGAAGGCGUGGAUCUUGAGCUGCAGCGACAACGACAACUUGGGCGUUACCUGCAAAAAUACAACAGUUCAAGGGUUCAACCAAGUGUAAGUUUGAUUCAGUCAAUUAUUGCAGUUCUGCACUGAAACAUUCAGAUUCUUGCAUCCAAAGUUAGAUAGGAACAGGGAAAGAAUCUCCAACGCUUAUUUACAUGGGAAAGAACACUCUUUAACUUUGGUUCAGAUCAUCAGUCUAUCUGAAGCACCAUAGAUUGAGUUUGCAAGCAAAAGGAUCACACAAUCUGACAGUACAAGGAGCAGUCUUUUUCUUCACAUCUUUGUUUUAGCUUGCAUCUGACACUUAUGUGCUCCAAGAUUAGGCAACCAAAACUGAACUUAUGACUACAUGAGUGCAUGAAAAGCUGUUAAUAUCUCUUAUUUGACUAAUCUUUGGAUUGGUCGGAGACGAGAUUCUCUGGCUUUGGGGAUGGCCCUUUGGGGUUCUAUCAGGGUUCUAUUCAUGUCCACUAGGCACUUCUCAACACUUCCAUAGUUAUUCUAGAACCUCUUUAAAUUUGCAAUGCUCAUCAGAUUGUACACGUUUUGCAGUCAACUAUUCAGACUAUUGACUAGGGACGAUAUUUUCAGUCCUACUGAAUCUGCAAAGGAUGAGCCAAGCCAAGAUUAAUUAUGGUUUUGGUAAAUUGCAUCGGUUUAGUUAUGUACCUGCUCCUUAGAUGACUGUGUAUUUGUGAUUCAGUCGUUGAAAUUUUGGUGCUUUCUUCGAGUGUCCUGAAAAAUGGUUCAAUGCGUGUUUGCCAGAAACUGUAGAUUAGCAAGACUAACUUGUGUUGAGCAUGUCAGUCUAUGCGUGGGCACGAGUGACAAUGUAAAUUAUGGUAGACACGAUUUUCUUGAAAAAAGUCCCGGAGAUGGGCUGCUGCUGCUGCUGCUGCUGCUUUUGAUAGCCAAAGUGGAGACUGCAGUUCUAAGACUUCAAGGAGGAAAGGAAUACAUGGUUGCUACUUGGAGAGGUGAGUUGUUUCCCUGCAGAACAAUAAAUCUCUUAGAGUUGUUUAACUGAACCUAUUCCACUCUCAUUGUUAUGUUGAGAUAAAAAUUGUUAUUGGUCACUCAGUGCCCAAGCUGUCGUGGAUUAAUUUGACUUGAAUUGGAUUGUACUUCAAGAGUCCACAAGAUGUCAUUUCUGAGUGUGGUACUAAUUUCGGCACAUAGCACCAAUUUCUAAAAAUAAGGCUGGGCAACAUGAGCCAACCACAGGGGAGGAUGUUUCAAGAGAAUAAACUCACUUUAGUUGCCGAAUUGGUAUUAGUAAGUUGCUGUUUCAACUUCCUAGAGAACAACAGGGGGUGUAUUUUUUUUACUAUUAUUAGUUGCAGCACAUGGCGACGAUGAUGAGGACUUGUAUUUUUAAGAUGCUGCACCUCUGUUUUUUGU